GGGAGCUAACGGCUGUUUUUGUUUUGUGUGGUCGAUAGAAGCCCGGCGAGACGUCCUUUUCCCGUUACUACACAGGGGUUUUAACCGGAAUUUUAACUGAACUGACAAGAAGACAGCGACGAUGGGUGCCGUUCCGAGCACCGAGGCCGAACGGGAGCCUCUUCUUGCCCCUUCUCAUGCGGAGGCAAACAUUCAGCCAGUAAACAGCAGAGUGUACGGGAGAAGAUGGCUGGUUCUGACCCUGUUUUCCCUGCUGGGGUUAAUGCAGGGGAUGGUGUGGAACUUCUGGGGUCCCAUCCAGAACUCGGCCGUUCACGCUUUCGGCUUCACCAAGUCCGACAUCGCAGUUCUGGUUCUGUGGGGCCCAGUGGGUUUCGUCCCCUGGCUGCUGUUUAUGUGGUUAUUGGACAAAAAAGGUUUGCGGGCAUCCCUUCUCCUCUCUGCCUUCCUCAUGCUGCUGGGAGCGGCUCUGCGGAGCAUACCACUGACAGAGCAGCCUCUCAGACGAUGGAUGAUACACGGAGGUCAGUUUCUGAAUGGUUUAGCCGGCCCAACCAUAAUGAGCGCCGGCCCCUACCUCUCCACAACAUGGUUCGCUCCUGACCAGAGAGCUACAGCAACGGCUGUGGCCUCACUCUUCUCCUACCUGGGAGGCGCGGCUUCAUUUGUAGUUGGACCUAUGGUAGUGCCAGCCCCCAAUGACACCCAGGCAGCAACCACGAUGGCAGCAGCAGUUUCCGACAGCUCCAUCCGAGACAGGAUCCAGCUGGUUAUGUAUGCAGAGUUGACUGCAAUUGCCGUGCUUUUUGUGGCAGUCCUGCUCUAUUUCCCAUCACGCCCACCGAUGCCUCCCAGUGUGGCCGCUGCGAGCCAGAGACUCAGUUACAGGAGCAGCAUCUGCAGACUUCUUAGUAACCUGCGGUUCCUGAUGAUAGCGCUGGCCUAUGCAGUCCCCACAGGAGUGAUUGCCGGCUGGGCAGGAGUCCUUGACAUGGUCCUUACACCAGCCAAAGUCAGUCAGGUGGAUGCAGGUUGGAUUGGUUUCUGGUCGACUGUUGGUGGCUGUGUGUUUGGAGUGGCAAUGGCCAGGUUUGCAGACUCUAUUCGGGGGAUGCUGAAGCUGAUCCUGGUGCUGAUGCUAGCAGGAGCCUCGCUGUCCUCCACAUGGUUCACGCUCACCUGUCUGAGCAGAGUCACUCACCUUCCCUCCACUGCAGCCAUCCUGUACACUUCCUGCAUCCUGGUGGGCAUUUUUAUCAACAGCAGCGUGCCAAUAUUCUUCGAGCUCUUCAUCGAGACGGUGUACCCGGUCCCUGAAGGCAUCACCUGUGGAGUGGUCACUUUCCUGGGGAACCUGGUCACCGGCCUGCUCCUCUUCUUUCUUACUUUUUACUCUACAGAGCUGUCAUGGCUCAACUGGUGUCUAACAGGCUCCUGUCUCUUCAGCCUCGUCCUCAUCCUCUUCUUCAGGGAGUCUUACGACCGCCUCUACCUGGACGUCUUUGUCUCCGUGUGACACUGCGGAGGACAAAAAGACAAGACAACUUCACAACAAGGGACUAAAUAAUUAUUCUUGCACAAAGCAGAGGAGAAAAGGGAGAUGAUGAGGAAAGUGGAAAGCCCACAUUCUUUCAAGAUGUAAGAUUUUAAGGAUGUAAAUGUAUAUAAAUUUGUAAGGGUGGUGAUGGAUUGCUGUUGUAUGGCUGCUGAGAAGAACCACAGAGCAGUUCUACAGCAACGGUUUACUCUUUAUACGUGAUUGACUCAAUGCCAUAUGACUAACACAUCAUAACCUGUUUUUAUAUGUCAGUCUAUGUUUGUAUGUAAACAAACGUUUGUGAACGGUUUCAUUUUUUUUAACCAGGCACGGCAUGACGGACUGUUAGUUAUUGUUGUUUACAGAUGAUAAUAAGUAUAUUUAAAGUUGUUCUCAGUGUCGCCCCCUUGUGGCUGCUCCGUUCACCUCCCUAGUUAGUCUUUAUAAUAAACUGGACACUGUUUCUAAGCUCACAAGCUGGACGUUGCAGACUCCAGAUCAGCGUCACGAAAAAAAAUGAAGGAUGUUAAAGGGACAGCUUCAUCAGCCAAUCAGCAGGCCUGGCUGCGCUGAGUCAGGGACGAACGAGCGACCUCCUGUUGUUUUAGUGCUGCUCCAAACUGCAGGCUGCGACCGGCCCGACACUGUUAAGUGACCUGUGAUACUGCCUGUCAUUGAGAGGCAGGUACUUAGAUUAUGUUUUAUCACCCUCUCAAGAACAAUAUUAUGCAAAAAUGAUCUAGAGUGAUGAUUUGAUGUCGGCUAGAGACGUGGUCUGGGAUUGGAUAAGCCUGCACUUUUUUCCCCAUCAAUGAACUGUCCAUGUGGAGGAAGCUGAGUCAUCUGAACUACCAUCACGUUUCAAAAGUUGUUCAGCCAAUUUAUGGUUAAUUGUGUCAAUUUCUGGGAGAUUUGCAUUUUAAUCUAACUGAAUAAUGUUCAUUUGUUUUUUACAGUUUUUAAUCAUUUGUUGUCCUCAGCAGCCUGCCAGUAUUUAUUGGAAAUGUCUCAACACUAACACCGUUAACACUCACACUGUUUCACAGAAACAGGAUGUUUGGUCACGAUUUCGACCACAGCUGAGGCACACUGAGGGAGAUUAUUUUAUUGCACAGACACAAGGAUUACAUUGCAUCGUAAUUGCCAAGCUGCUCCUCCUCCAAAGCACCAGCAGGUGUCUCUGCGCCAACUGAGAGUGUACUGACCAAAAAAACCUUAAUGAUAAAGAGAAAAGGAAGUUGUCAUUUUCAUGGAUUCCUUGACUGAUAAAACUGGAGCUGUGACAAAAAAAACAGCUCCAAACCUAGAGGGACAUAACCACAAAGAAACACAUCAAAGCAAAAGCAACAUCUGUCACUUAUAGACAAACUUUUUCUCUAACUUGUCCAUGACUUCUUUUUGUGUCUUUGUCUUGCACAGCAGCUAUAAGGAGUGUUUUAAUGUCAUUUCCUGUGGGUUUUGAGGAGGCUCUGUAAUGUGUUUCCUGGUGCUUGUUUUUUUAGUUUUUUUUUUUACUCUCCUUGUACAGAAAAGGUUGUCUAUUACCUUUUGACGUGUUGCCUUAAUUGCCCAGUGCAGUGUGUUCAGUCUCUCUCUGUCUCUCUCUCUUCCACACUGUGACUUUUUUGUCUGUGUAUAUACCUAAAGGUCAUGUUCCUCUGUUCUGCAGCUUACAAUCUGCGGUUUUCCUGGCUUUGGGUUAUAAAUGUCCUUGUUCUGUGAAAAGGAAAAAGAGCAAAUGUGACUGUUGAAUAUUUUCAGCACCUUAUUAAA